UGUUCUGGAAUUCUUAAAGACACAGUGACAGCUCAUGUAAUGACAAUUUCUGCCUGGACAGUUCGCGCUAUUACAACAAACUGAGCAGCGGUUAUGGACAGUUUUAAUUUGCAACAACUUACUUCAAAUAUGAAUAUUAAUUGGACGCCGGUGUUUGCAGCCACCUUUUGCGGUUCAGGUGCGUUAUUUCUCUUCUGGAAAUGGAGAAAUAACCAGAAGAUUCAAACGAAAAUACUUAACGCACGGAAAAGACGUGAUAAAUCACUCCAGCUGGCUGAACAAGCGGUGCAACAGUUUAAAAUACAGAACCCAGACUUUGAGAGCAGUUCCAUAGUGUCUCUGUCUUUGUCUGAGCUCACUGGGAAACUCAAGGAGGGCUCCCUGCAGCCAGAUGCUGUUCUUCAUGCUUUUAUGGCAAAGGCUCUGGAGGUGAACAAGAAUCUGAACUGCGGCACUGAGAUCUUAAUGGAGUCUGUGGCUCAACUGAAAGAUAUCAACACUCAAAAGAAAGGUCUUCUGUAUGGAGUGCCGAUCAGCAUUAAGGACAAUGUUGCAUAUAAGGGUCAUGAUUCUUCAUGUGGUGUGGUGAGUAAGUUGGAUCAGCCUGCAGUCAUGGACAGUGUGGUGGUUAGAGUGCUAAAGAAACAAGGUGCAAUCCCGUUCAUCAAGACCAACAUACCGCAAGGCCUUCUCAGUUAUGACUGCAGUAACCCCAUUUAUGGGCAAACCUUGAACCCCUACAACCUCCAGAAGACCCCUGGCGGUUCUUCCGGAGGGGAGGCAGCUCUGAUCAGAGAAGGCGGCUCGAUCCUGGGCCUAGGCACUGACAUUGGAGGGAGCAUUCGUAUCCCAGCAUCCUUCUGUGGGAUUUCUGGAUUUAAGCCCACAGCGAAGAGGCUAAGUGUUCAAGGAAUCAGUUCUUGCAUCAAAGGCCAGAAGUCAGUGUUGUCCUCUUUUGGCCCUUUGGCAAGGGACGUCGAGAGCUUGGCUCUGUGCAUGCGGGCACUGCUGUGCCAGGAUAUGUUCACCUUAGAUCCCACUGUUCCUCCCAUAGAAUUCAACCAAAAGGUCUAUGAGAGCUCAGAACCCCUGAGGAUUGGUUAUUAUGAGAACGACGGUUACCUGCAGCCGUCUCCAAGCAUGGCCAGGGCCUUCAGGGAGACUAAGGACCUGCUGGAGAGAGCAGGUCACACGCUUGUUCCCUUCCAACCUCUGCGGCUCUACGACGUCUUCCAUGAGUUGGCUAUUAGAGGGAUCUUGGCUGAUGGAGGUGAUACCCUCUUAAAUCAUCUGAAGGCAGGCCCCAUUGACCCAUGUCUCCGGGAUCAGGCCGCCCUGUUGGGCAUUCCAGGCUUCAUAAAGAAAUUACUUUUUGUUGUUCUAAAGCCUUUUUAUCCACGGUUGGCUGCAAGCCUACAUACAAGUCUUGGAGUUGGGUCUAUAGCAGAAUUAUGGAGACAACAUACAAAUAUUGAGGAAUACAUUGAUGAGGUGAUAGCAGAGUGGAGGAGACUGAAUGUGGACGUUUUGUUGUGCCCAAUGCUUGGACCAGCCUACAAUUUCCGUUACUGCGGGCGUCUCAGCAGUACUCUCAGUUACACCCUCCUGUACAACCUGCUGAACUUCCCUGCUGGGGUCGUGACCGUGUCUACAGUGACGGAAGAGGACGAGGCGCAGCUCAGUCAGUAUAAGGGCAUCCAUGGUGACAUGUGGGACAAAUUGUUCGUUAAGGCAGUGACAGGUGCCGUAGGUCUCCCUGUGGCAGUACAGUGUGUAUCUCUGCCAUGGCAGGAUGAAAUGUGUCUGCGCUUUAUGAGAGAGGUGGAACAGCUCACAGCCAAGAACAAACUCAACAGGAAACAUAAUGACAAAUAAUGACUGACCUACGGUUAAAUCGUAGGUGAGUUAUGAACAGGCCUACACAGAAUCUGUGACCACAGAAUUUGAACAUUAUUGUUCAUCGGGUGUUUUAGCUGAUAUGAUGAUUCUUUCAACUAAGAACUAGAUACUUACUGUAGUAAGAUGCAAUGUUAGAUUUAAUUGAUGUUUCAUUAAUUUUGUCCUUGAGUUUGUGUGUUGUUGAAAAAAUGCUAAAGUUCAUGUGCAUUUUUGAUGUUAAAAUAUAUCAGAUUAACAUGCAAAACAUACAUUCAUAUGUUGAUCUGUUUGUCCAACUAGUGGCAGACGGGAAGAACCUAUUUGAUUUCAACUUUUGGUGACAGUGAAAUUACACACAUCACAUUUAAUAAGUAACAAAUUACCACUAUGUUUUAAUGAAGCAUGAUUAUUUGCACUCAGUAUAGAAGCAAUACAGCUUCAUCAAGACUGAAUGAGGAUUUGAAUGCAUCUCUUCAUUUCUGUAUCAUUUUGUAUAAUUUAAUGCCUCACAAAUUCAUUAAACUAAAAUGAAUCGGAGCUGUACAUCA